AUGGCAAGUUUGGCCAUGCUUGAAGAUUGGGCAAUCACUAUGUGGCACUGGAUUCGUGCUCUGCGUUCAUCAUUAACCCUUGACCUUACCAUGAUGCCCAGUUCUGAGCUUGUCGUGACGCAAAACUCACAAAAGGCCGACACGGCGAAAGGAGAGUUAGACGAGAUCAAACGUGGUGCAACACAUGCACUCCUAUCUAAAUCGAAGAGGAGCCAACGCAGCCCCCUUGACAGCAACCCCCUGCGCACCGUUUCAGACAACAGGGGCAGCGAGGCUGAAACGAGACCAGUCAAGCACUACCUAGUUACUAGGUUUCCUCAUGUCAUUCAGGCCAAUCAAACUGGCUCCACACCAGGCUUUAGUUUGGGGUACGGGGUCAAAGCAUGGCCCCUGGGUGAAUGGCCAUAUGGGCUCGGAUCUGCAGCAUCGACCCCCACGUCAAACCUCAAACACGAAUCACUUUCCCCUUACUCACCCCUUCUCUUGUUCCCUUCUCCUUUCUUUGUCACAUUGCCCUUCUUCACACUCGCUUACUACAAGUCUAUCCUGAUCAUGAGAUUUACAUCUGCAUUUGCGCUGGCGGCAGCUACCAUCAGCGGAGCCAUUGCGCAGGACACUUUCCUUCUCGGUUUCAACUCCGGCGCCUCCGACGACAAGGGUAACGCAAAGUCGCAGGCAGACUUCGAAAGAGAGUUCAGGACGGCCAAAGAACUGCAAGGCGCGCCCGGCAACUUCAGCGCAAUCCGCCUGUACUCGAAUGUGCAGUGGGAAACCACCGACACGCCCAUCAGUGCUUUCGCAGCUGCCAUAGCCACCAACACCCGUCUGCUCCUCGGCAUCUGGGCAUCUGGCACCGACAGCAUCGACAAUGAACUGAAGGCGUUGGAAGCGGCUGUGGAGGAGCACGGCACGCGCCUGACUGAUCUCAUCAUCGGUCUCUCGGUCGGAAGUGAGGACCUUUACCGUGACUCGGAGCCUGGACGUCGUAACAAGGCCGGAGUGGGUAACACGGCCGAUGUCAUCGUCAACUUUAUCAAGACGACUCGCGAGCGUCUCGCAAACACGCCUCUGCGUGACGUUAAAAUCACACACGUCGACACAUGGACUGCCUGGGUCAACGAGUCAAACAAGGCCGUCGUGGACGAGAUUGAUUUUGUCUCGGUCAACAAUUUCCCUUUCUACCAGGCAGAGCAAGAUAACAAGAUUGAAAACGCGGCCGAGCUGAUGGGCAGUGCGAUUGCGGCAACUGAGGGCGUCGCAAAAGGAAAGGACGUCUGGAUCACAGAGACUGGCUGGGCAUACAGUGGCCCCUCAUUUGGAGCCGCAGUAUCAUCAGUCGACAACGCGGCUACCUACUGGCGAGACGUCGGUUGCGCGCUUUUCGGCAAGUACAACGUAUUCUGGUACACUCUGCGAGACGCGAACCCAGCCAACAAGGUCAAAUUCGCCAUCACCGACAACCUCUCGACAGAGCCGCGCUUUGAUUUAUCAUGUCCUGAGCGAAACGACCUACCUGAUACACAACCCGCCAACUUGACCGACGUCAUCAACAGCCCUAACAACACAUCCAGCGGAAACGAGACCUCGCAAGGCACUACUGGCGGCAGCUCUGGCAGCGGCUCUGGCAGCAGCUCUGGCAACAGUACUGGUGGCAGCAGCACCGGUGGCAGCAAUACUGCAGGCGCAAGUACAGGAGCUGCCUCGUCCUUGGCGGUGCAUAGCACGACCGUGCUACUUUCGGCGAUUGCCGCUUUCACGAUCUGGGCAUUGUAG